AUGGCCUUUCAACUUCCGAUUCCCAAGCUGAACAUGGUGGUUUCGGCGUCAAAUUCUUUGCCUUUGAUGUCCAGGUUCUUUAGGUCGUCCUUGAACCGCACCGGACAGACCUCCGCCACCCCAAGGAUCACAUUCUAUCACGCAUCGCCAUUCUCAUUCCGAAAGUAUUCGGCUCUGGCCACGCCGCCAAAUCGUACCCAUCUCCCCUCACCAACUAGCAACACACCCAUUCUCGAUCGGCAACGAUUCAUCUUCGGAGGACCGUCUCAUAACUUGCUGGCGCAGAAGGAAAAGACGGCAAAUAACAACCCCAGCAGUGCAAAUGCCCAAAAUGCUUUCUACCAAGCACUUCUCCGCGCUAAUAUGCCGGCUAUCGUGAUUGAGCGUUACAGAAGUGGCCAUUUCGCUGGCAAUUCGCUCUCGGAGACUAUCUAUCAGAAAGCUUUGGAGCGUGUUGGCGGGGCCUCGGUAGCAGCGGCCUCAAAUGCGACACAGGGUCUUAGCCAAGAUCAGGUCCAAGCCGUCGGACAAGCAAUCGCGGCACAAAACCUUGGUGGAAAUGUUGGAGUCGCUUCUAAGCAGACUGGUACCGGCGCCAAAGAGGCUCCCUUGUACGUUGUCGUUGAGGAGUCCUUGGGUAGUGCCGUUUUCCGCUGGGUCAAAUUCCUUCUCUACUUUGCUUUCUUUUCGUACAUGUCUUUGGUUCUGGUUACCAUCCUCGUCGAGACCACAGGUGUUAUGAAGAACAUCAAAGGGCCGCAAAACAACGAGGCUCAGCCCCAGCAUCAAACCGUCCGCUUCAGUGAUGUCCAUGGAUGCGACGAAGCGAAGGAUGAGCUCCAAGAGCUUGUUGAGUUCCUGUUGAACCCGGAACGGUUUUCCUCACUAGGUGGCAAAUUGCCCAAAGGUGUUCUGCUUGUUGGGCCUCCUGGUACCGGAAAAACGUUACUCGCCCGCGCUGUUGCUGGAGAGGCUGGAGUUCCCUUCUUCUACAUGUCUGGCUCCGAAUUUGAUGAAGUGUAUGUGGGAGUUGGUGCUAAACGGGUCCGCGAACUCUUCACACAAGCGCGAGCCAAGUCACCUGCCAUUAUCUUCAUUGACGAACUGGAUGCUAUUGGCGCUAAGAGGAACGAGAGAGAUGCAGCCUAUGUGAAGCAAACACUGAAUCAGCUACUGACUGAGCUUGAUGGAUUUUCUCAAGCAACCGGAGUCAUCAUUCUUGCGGCCACCAAUUAUCCACAGCUGCUAGACAAGGCUUUGACUCGUCCUGGUCGAUUUGAUCGAAAGGUCGUUGUCGACCUCCCAGACGUCCGGGGUCGAAUGGAGAUCUUGAAACAUCACAUGAAGAACAUUCAAAAAAAAACUGAUGUCGAUGUUGGAGUGCUCGCUCGCGGUACUCCCGGGUUCUCCGGCGCCGAUUUGGAGAACUUGGUCAACCAAGCCGCCAUAUAUGCUAGCAAGAACAAGCAGACCAAGGUCACACCGACAGAUCUGGAUUGGGCUAAGGACAAGAUCAUCAUGGGCGCGGAAGCUCGCAGCAGGAUCAUCCAAGAUAAGGACAAACUCCUCACUGCGUAUCAUGAGGCUGGUCAUGCUCUUGUUGCCUACUUCUCCCCGUCCUCUAUGCCACUUUACAAGAUCACAAUUGUCCCUCGAGGAAUGGCUCUGGGAUUGACCCAUUUCUUGCCCGAAAUGGAUAUGGUCUCGAAGAACUAUACUCAAUAUCUGAGCGACAUCGACGUCUCAAUGGGCGGCAGAGCGGCCGAAGAGCUCGUUUUUGGUACUGAUCAAGUUACCAGUGGCAUAACUCAGGAUCUCCGACAAGCCACACAGACAGCCUUUACCCUAGUUACCCAAUUCGGGUAUUCAGAGAAACUUGGAAAUGUUGAUCUGUCGACGAAUUACGAUAGCCUGUCUUCAGAAACGAAGCAGGAAAUCGAGGCCGAGGUCCGACGAUUGGUCGAGGAAGCCCGCCAACGGGCUACCAAGAUCUUGACGGAGAAGAGAAAUGAAUUGGAAUUAUUGACCAAAGCUCUCAUCGAGUACGAAACGCUUACGAAGGAGGAAAUGGAGAAGGUUCUGAAGGGUGAAAAACUCGACAAGCUCGUCCUGACACCGGACGCACCGCUCAAGCUGCCCGAGGCGCUUCAGGCGACAAAUCUGGGUUCGCCAUCGGGGGUGCAAGGGUCGCCGCGAGCUUCAGCGGAAUAA